AUGGCUGCCGUCUCAACCGAGGAUACGCUAUCGCCGUUGAUCCAGAAAUGGCUCGAGUGGGACCAAGAUCCCGCCACGCGCGCGGAAAUUGAGAGCCUGCGAGAUUCUGGCGCUGUGAAAGAUCUGGAACAACGCCUUCAGAAUCGAAUCCAAUUCGGAACAGCGGGUCUCCGGGGCCGGAUGGGAGCGGGAUUCUCUUGCAUGAAUUCCCUGACAGUCAUCCAGGCAUCGCAGGGCCUGGCUAAGUACCUAAAGGACAAACAUGCGGGAAUUGCAUCCGGCGGUGUGGUCAUUGGCCAUGAUGCCCGCUACAACUCAGCCAAAUUUGCAGCCCUGGCUGCGAAUGCUUUCAUCGCCCUGGAGAUCCCUGUCUGGUUUUACUCUGAGCCUUCGGUGACACCAUUGGUCCCGUUUGGUGUGACCCAUCUGCAUGCUGCGGCGGGUAUUAUGAUCACUGCGAGCCAUAAUCCAGCGCAAGAUAACGGCUACAAAGUUUACUUCAAGAAUGGGGCUCAAAUCAACACUCCGAUGGAUGUAGAGAUUGCCCAAUCGAUCGUGGAAAACUUGGUCCCAUGGCCUGAAGCCUGGAAAUGCCAGAAAGCGGGUGAAUAUCUGCACACUCAAGCCUACCAGGAUAUUCUGCCCCAGUACACUAAGACUGUUUGGCAAUAUGCCAAAUCCACCGUGACCGAAUGGGCACCUCCGAGCUCUUUUGUAUACACUCCUUUGCACGGUGUAGGCGGCUUGGUUUUCCCAGGCUUGUGCAAGUCUCUUGGCAUAGAUAAUCUUGUCCCUGUGGCCGAACAGAUCCAGCCAAAUGCCGACUUUCCCACAGUAUCAUUUCCGAACCCUGAGGAGGCUGGAGCUUUAGAUCUUGCUAUGCAAACAGCAGACAAAGAGGGGAAGAGCCUUAUUGUCGCCCAUGAUCCCGAUGCAGACCGCUUUGCUGCUGCUGAAAAAGUGAAUGGAGUGUGGUUCCCUUUCACAGGAAAUCAUGUGGGGGCUCUUCUGGCAUCUCAUCUCUUUGAAUCUCUAAGGCACAAAAAUGAUCACCCCCGGAUUGCCGUUCUGAACUCCACUGUUUCCUCAAGCAUGCUGGAGAAGAUGGCGGCAGCCAACGGGAUUCACUUCGAAGAAGCAUUAACCGGCUUCAAGUGGAUGGGUAACAUCGCUCGGAGACUUGAGCAAGAAGGGUACUAUGUUCCUUAUGCAUUUGAGGAGGCUCUUGGAUACAUGUUCCCGGACGUCUGCUACGAUAAGGAUGGUAGUACAGCAGCCAUGGUCUUCUUAUCGGCUGAAGCCGAAUGGAGAGCACAGGGGCUGACGCCGUACACGAAGCUACAGCAGCUUUUUAAGGAGUUUGGGCACUACGAGACUCUCAAUACCUACUUCCGGUCUCCCAGUCCGGCGAUCACGGCUGACUUGUUCCGCGCUAUCCGGGGUGGCCCUUAUCAAACGGAAAAGUCCUUGGGGCCAUUUAAGAUCUUGAGGUGGCGUGACAUGACAGAGGGCUAUGACUCUGGGACCCAGGAUAACAAACCAACGCUACCGGAAGACAAGUCUAGUCAUAUGUUGACUUUAUGGCUGGACCGGGACGUCCGAUUUACCAUCCGUGCGUCGGGCACUGAGCCAAAAGUCAAGGUAUACAUUGAAAGCUGCGGUGCUUCUCGUGAGCAGGCCACAGACGCUGUCUGUGACACAUUCUUGGCUGUACUAAAGGAAUGGAUCCAUCCCUUCGCGCCAUCGAUGACAUACAGCAAACAGUUGCCUACAUCUUCCGGACACGUUUAUGCUGUUCCCCAAUGA